UAUAAUAUUUUGAAUUAUUAUUGAAUUAUCCAUCAACUUUUUUACGACGUCUUCAGUAAAGAUAAAUAGAGAGUUUGCUAUACACACACAUGAUCGAAGGGGGUGCUGUUUUCUUUUCUUUUCGGGAGGAUAUAUUAAUAUACAGUAUAAUUAAUAUCUAUAUCCAGAUUACUAAUAUACUAAUUUUUUCUCCACCAUCUUUUACAUCUUCUUCAUUGCUUGUACCUCUGUUGGACAGUAGUGAUUAAGGACAGAGUGUGUCUGGUGUUUAACAUUUAAGCUUGAAGAUGUUUCGCUUCAUGAUCAUCUUCUAUGCUCUUCUCCUGACUGCUGCAAAUGUCCGAGCACAAUGUGUCAGGCCUGUUGUUGGACAAAAUCGGGUUUUGAGUGAAGAUAAUGACGAACAGACUUUUCCCGAUCAAUCCAUUGUGAGGUUUAAAUGCUCCACUGGUUAUGUGACUGCAAGGGCAUCAGCUUCCAGGUCGAUCACCUGUACAGGAACCCAAUGGAGCAAUCUGGAGCUUCGGUGCAAAAAAAAAUCAUGUGGUCAUCCUGGUGAAAUUAACAAUGGAAGGUAUACCUUUCCACGUGAAGAAGGAAUUCUGUUUGGUGCCACCAUCGUGGCAGAGUGUAACGAAGGUUAUAAGCUUGUUGGCCAAGCAUUUAGGAAUUGCAGAGAAACAGGUUGGGAUGGGAGAUCUCCUGUAUGUGAAGUAUUAAAGUGUCUACCACCUUCCAGAAUACAAUCUGGAACAUUUGCUCCAGAGGAAGAAUCCUAUGAUUAUGGAGAUGUAGUCACAUACUCUUGUAAGAGAGGUCUUGAUCUUAUUGGAUCUUCAGAAAUAUCUUGCUCUGGUGAUGGAACAUUUAAGCCUGAUCCUCCUCGGUGUUUGGAUGUGUCCUGUGACAGCCUGAACAUCAGAAAUGCAUUUAGAAUUGAAGGAAAAUCACCACCCUAUAAAUAUAACAACUUUGUCCGCUACAAGUGUAAUAGAGGCUUUAAAAUGGAAGGGUCUGAUUUCCUAACCUGUACAGAAAAUGGGUGGAAUCCUUCUGCUCCUAAGUGCAAUGUUAUUACCUGCUUAGAACCUCCUACUAUAACCAAAGGAGAUUUUUCCCCCCAAAAAGAAUUGUACGCAUAUGGAGAAAGAGUCACAUACUAUUGUGUGGAAGGUUUUAAACUUUAUGGAUCUCCAACAAUUUCAUGUUCUGAUGAUGAAACUUUUGGGACGUCUUUUCCUGAGUGUCGGGAGAUCUUUUGUGAUCCACCAUAUAUUCGAAAUGCGGUUAUUGAUGAAACCAGCAGGUCACCAGCUUACAGAUACGGAACCUCAAUCAAAAUCAGCUGUAAUAAAGGCUAUAGAAUGGAGGGGUCUGAAUAUCUGACCUGUGUAGAUGGAUGGACAGCUCUCCCACGGUGUGUUGAGAUGACCUGUGAUGCACCCAGGAUUAACAAUGCAGUCAUAGUUAGUAGAAGAUAUACGGUAUUCACUGAACGGUAUAGAUAUGGCGCUUUCAUCCAGUUAAGAUGUAAUAGCGGCUACAGAAUGGAGGGGUCUGACAGGCUAAAGUGUGAGGAAUAUGGAUGGAAUCCACCUCCUCCAAAAUGCAGCGUUAUUACCUGCUUAGAACCUCCUACUAUAACCAAUGGUCAAUUUAUCCCCCCGAAGGUCUUGUACAAAUAUGGAGAAACAGUCACAUACAAUUGUGUGGAAGGUUUUAAACUUUAUGGAUCUCCAACAAUUUCAUGUUCUGAUAAUGGAAUGUUUGAGACGUCUCUUCCAGAGUGUCGAGAGAUCUUCUGUGAUCCACCAUCUAUUCAAAAUGCAGUUAUCGAUGAAACCAGCAGGGCAUGGGCUUACAGAUACCAAACCUCAAUCAAAAUUAGGUGUAAUAAAGGCUACAGAUUGGAGGGGUCUGAAUAUAUGACCUGUGGGAAUGACGGAUGGACUCCAGCUCUCCCACGGUGUGUCAAGUUGUCCUGUGAUGCACCUAAAAUUGACUAUGCAGUCAUACAGGAAAUUGAUUCGGAUGCCACGUCCAUCAGGGUCAAGUGUAAAACAGGCUACCGAAUUAAUGGCUCUGACUAUCUGACCUGUGAGGAAAAUGGCUGGAAUUCAUCUCUUCCAAAGUGCAACAUUGUAAACUGUUCGAAACCUACAGAAAUGAACAAUGGAAAACCUCUAAAGGAUAUAUAUACAUAUAAAGAAAAUAUCACUUACUCAUGUGAGAAAGGGUUAAAAAUCUAUGGAGCUUCAACAAUUACAUGUCAUGAAGAUGGAACAUUUCAACCUCCUCCCCUUCCAUGUCUGGAGGUGACCUGUGAUGCACCCAACAUUAACAAUGCAGUCAUAGUUAACGGACAGGCACCAUACAGAGCAGAAAUGUCCAUCCAAUACCAGUGUAAUAAAGGCUACAAUAUGGAGGGGUCUGGCAACCUGACCUGUGAGGAAAAUGGAUGGAAUCCAGAUCCUCCACAGUGCAAAAUUGUAACCUGUCCAAAACCUCUUGAAAUUAUAAAUGGAGAGUUUAACCCGGUAAAGGAGGAAUAUGAAUACGGGCAAACCAUCAUACACUUUUGUAAGAAAGGAUUUAGACUUGAAGGUGAUUCAGCAGUAUCAUGCACUGAUGAUGGAACAUUUCAUUUUCCGGCUUCUCUUAAGUGUGUGGUUGUAACCUGUCCAAAACCUCUUGAAAUUAUAAAUGGAGAGUUUAACCCAGUAAAGGAGGAAUAUGAAUACGGGCAAACCAUCAUACACUUUUGUAAGAAAGGAUUUAGACUUGAAGGUGAUUCAGCAGUAUCAUGCACUGAUGAUGGAACAUUUCAUUUUCCGGCUUCUCUUAAGUGUGUGGAGGUGAAAUGUGGGGCACCGAAGAUGAACAAUUCAAUCAUAGUUGAAGGAAACAAACCAUAUAAAUAUAAUGUGUCUAUUAAGUACCAGUGUAAUAUAGGCUAUAUAGCAGAGGAAUCUGAAUUGCUGACAUGUCAGGAAAAUGGAUGGAAUCCACCAUCUCCAAAGUGCAAAAAGGUGACCUGUGAUGAACCCCAAUUUGACCAUGCUUUCAUUAUCGAAGGCAAAUCACCACCUUACAAAUAUAAAUCAUCAAUACGGGUCAAGUGUGAAAACGGAUAUACUAUGGACGAGGAGUUUGAAUUCCUGACCUGUGAAGAAAAUGGUUGGGAACCAUCUCCUCCACAGUGCAGACCUAAAAACGGUUCCGGAGUCAUUAUGUCCUCGAGCGCUUCUACAACAGAGGAACACCUGGAGUAAUGCACAUUCCAGGAUCUUUCCAGAAAACAUAUUAAGUGAUGUCAUUUAAAGUGUCCAGACAGCUUGCUUUAGUGAAUAAUCAUAGCACCAUGGCAAAGCCAUAGCAUUUACAAUUCUUUAAAAAAAAAGUCUUCUGUAUACUGUAUUUUUUGUUUUUUUGUUUUUUUGUUAAUGACAUAAAUUAGUUGCUUCUGAUGUUUACUUUUUCUGUUUCAGUUGAAGUUAACUUUACAGGCUGAGCUGUAUUAACAUUUAGUAUUAGCGUGUUACUAUUAGCAUUUGAUCUGCAUUAAACAAUGAAGAAUUAAAUUU